AUGUCUUCGCGACAAGAAGUUCGUACUAUUUCACCUGAUGACCGUGUGAGACUUUUGGACGAGUUCAAGCGCCUACGACGUGUGAUGGGACCACGACGUUUCACAAUUGCAAUGGCUUCGUCACAACUGUGUGACAUUGUCAGACGCCUCGACCGUGCCUUAACGCCGAAAAGCAUGCCUUAUUGGAAUGCUCGAUGGGAUUUACGCCUGCCCACACCAGCUGACUCCGUGCUGUUCAGCGAGAACUUCUUCUCCAAUACAAGAGUCCGCCGUGAAGCGAAAAAGAAGAAGAGUAAAGAUAGGAUUGACAUCGGACCCGGUGGGAAGCUGCCUCUUACCACUUCACCACCUCCGCACCAAUCUGUAGUACUGUGCCUCGAAUUGGAUCCCUCAAGCCGGAGCUACAUAUUCGCAUAG